UGUAUCCAUUUGAAAAUACAGUCGGAAAUAUAGGGCCCAAGGGUGGUAAGUACAUAACUAUGUUCAUUACAAUCGUGUGUUCCAACGGUCUUGGAAAGCGAUUGUGUCGAGCGGCGUGGAAGAAGGGGAUUUUCAUGUCGGUUCAGUGAGCUCAUGCACGUCGAACAACACUCGUCGGCAACGGCACGAUCCGGAAAUCUCUGAGACCAAAAAUGGCGUUUCUCGUGUAGCUUAUUACCACACCGAAGUAUUCUGGUAUGAUUGAUUAAAGAAGUGAGCUCUGUCGAAAAGAACAUCGCAUAAAUCGAGGAAUAGUUUUAUGAAAUUUCGUGUCCAAGAAGCCUCUUUACAGAACAGUCGACGUAAAUAUCGGUUCACAUGCCAAACAUUCUUACAUCUUUAAUUAUGUGAGUCCAUUACGUGAACGUGCUUUGUGCCUAAGAUUUUUAGUCCGACAAAGUGAAACGUUAUUCUUCACGAUUCAGAUUUUUAAAUACUUUCACAGUAUCCCUUUUUGUGUAUUCUUUAAACAAACCAACCUUAAAUCGCGCUCUUUUGCCGAAGAUUUCGAUUGGUCGAUUCAUCGAUCAUUGGCCAAUCGACGGUACUUCUCUUGAAAUCUACGAUUUUUCUUCUGAAAACGGACGUUAUCGUUUUCGGGAAAAUUUUGAUCGGUUGACAGAAACGAUCUCGUUUAAUUAUUCGAGAUUUUUGCCAAAAUUUCAGUGGAAUUCAAUCGAUACUGAAAUAUAUAAAUAUACCAAGUGAACUUUAGUUAAAAAAAAGUGUGAAGAAUCAUAUACGGUGAAAGUGUUAGAAAAAGAGCUGAAUUUUGUGCGUGCAAGCAUCAGAGGCGCAAGCGUGUAAUACCGAUAUCUAUCAGUGCUCUAUUGAAGAUUCCCACGUAAAAUAGUGGAAGAAGAACGUGUUUCACUCUUUUUUAUAUUCUUAUAAUUAAUCGAAUUUUCGUAAUACGUUAUCGUUACGUUGCUAUUUGUUCCGUCUACAUUAUGUACAGAAUAAUGUUAAAUAAGUUGUUUUACCAGAAAUGUGUUUUGCCUAAUUUACUUUGAACAUAAGCCAACUCUGUCAGUAAGUUUAAUCGCAGUCAAGUUUGCCUUUGUUUCCGUCGUUCUAUCUGAUUUUUUUUUUUUUUUGCUUAAAAUUGCACGUCACGUGUCUCGUGUUCGAGUUAGGGUAUCGAAUUACAAUUUUAAUGUAACCGAGUCUAACGUCGAAAUAAGGACGAAAAUCGAUAGCACGGUUAGUCGAGAAAUUUACUCAUUUCGGUAUAAAAUUUUUACGCACUUACGCAAGCUUCAUCGGUUGAACAGGAUUUUAAGACAACAGUGAUGUCAUAACACAGCGUAGCGCUUCGAAGCAAUACCUUCGGCACGUGUAGCUGAUGUCACGCUAAUGUAUCAUGUGUUAGCAGUCUUAGGAUGUCUUAGCAUCGAUAAUCAAUAUUUUUAUUCGUUACUGAAUAUAUGUAUCUUACAUGUCGGUCGGUCUCUCGAUUUUUCCUGUAGAAUGCUUUUCAUGGAAAAGAAGGAGAAAAAAGUAGACGAAGUAUAUCUUUUCUACGCUUUCUUGUUUCUUUUCUCCCGACUGUAACUGUACAAGAUUCAAUGAAUUCGUAUGAAAUAGCGGAGCUGUGGUAGUUAUUCAGUUUAAAGGAUAUGUGCGAACUGCCAAGAUACAUCGAUGAUCAGAGAUGUUGCAGUGUUCGCGUAGACGCGUAGACACUUUCACCGUGAGAAAUUUUUUAACGAAUUCAUCUCAUCUUAAGUAACUAGAGUAUUGUGACUAACCGAAUAUUCUUUUAUGCGAAAAUGCAUGAUAUUGUCAAUUAUUACUAAAUUGAAGCCUGAAAUAUAAUUUUCAUAGCGUGGCUAAUAUCAUUUAUCAGCCUACUUGACCUAUGGUUAACGUUCCAAUUGUUUCGACAGAGACGACUAAUCGUUCGAACGCGUUCUAUGUCUUUCGACAAUAACCAGAGUUAGGAUCGAUACAGCAUCGAUUUAAUAGCAAAUAGUAUCGGAACCGUAGAUACGAAAAAGAAUUGAUAUUUACUUUCUCAAAAACUUCGAUAUGAUGUACGAAUCGUAUAAAUAUCAUCAGCAUGUAUCGGCAUAGGUUCGACCGCCACUGAUAGCCACUUUUUUAUUCAGUUCGGUUGACCAACGUUGUUGGUAAUUGGAGUUUCUUUUUUACCUUAGAUCUAUUGGUUAUUAGCCGCGUCGAUAGUAAUAAGUGGCCGCGUGGUGUAAUGUUGAAUGAAAGAAACAAAAAUGGAAUUGACCGAACAAUUACGACCCGAGGAGUUGGUGGGUUUGGUAGCCCGGUCCGCGGAAGGCACAGCAGCCAAAGGGAUGCCCAUCAAAGGACACGAAGAUCUAUGGGUAGAAAUUCAAGCGAACACGUUUAGAAAUUGGGUGAACGAACAUCUAAAGCAUGCCGCAGAUAUCGCUGACGGUCCUGUAAUCGAUCUCGCCGAAGAUUUUCGAGAUGGUACUCGACUUUGCGCUUUGGUAGAAGUUCUCACUAAACGCCGUUUGCCGCGAUGGAAUCCUAGACCGGCUAAUCAGCAUCAUCAUUUGGAAAACGUAUCGACCGCUCUUCAAGCCAUCGAAGCCGACGGUGUAAAACUUGUCAAUAUCGGUAACGUUGAUAUCGUCAAUGGAAACUUAAAAUUGAUCCUUGGUCUAAUAUGGUCACUCAUUGUACGGUACCAAAUAGGCAAGUCCAAGUUCCCUCCAAGGAAACUCAUGCUGGCAUGGCUCAAGGCUGUUUUACCAGAAUGCAGAGUAAACAAUUUUACAACAGACUGGAACUCUGGAGUAUAUCUGAGCGCGUUGCUCGAUUAUUGUCAACCAGGUCUGUUCCCUCAUUGGCGUCAACUUGAUCCUAAUGACAGCGUAUACAAUUGUCGGAAAGCUAUGGAGAUUUCAAAACGCGAAUUCGAUAUACCUAUGGUACUGGAACCAGAGUACCUUGCAUCUCCAUAUUUGGACGAACUAUCGGGAAUGACCUACUUAUCGUACUUCAUGAAAGAAGGUUCACCGGGUUUUCAUGCGACAUUGCAAUGGGUUAACUCGCAAUUACCUCACCAUUCGGUACAAAACUUUACGACUGAUUGGAACGAUGGUAGAGUUUUGUGCAGUAUCGUCAGAAAUUUGGGCGGGCCUGCUCCAGCUUAUAAUAAAAUCAACACUGACCCUUCUGCAUGGGAACAUAAUAUACAAAUGGGUAUCGACGGAGGUAAGAAACUAGGCGUGGAACCUAUUCUCAAGGCAAAAGACAUGGCUGAUCAGAACGUAGAACAUUUAGGCGUUAUGGCGUAUGCGGCAUACUUUCAAUGGGUGAAGCCUCGCCCUCAAGCGAGCAAACAAAUUGUUGUGCACAUAGACAGCACUUCCGCUCGGGUGCAACAACCGGCACACUUUAAAUUGGAAAUUCUUACUAAAGAGGUAAAUACAAGGGAAGUACGUGGGGAAAUAAUAAGUCCCACAGGACGAGUAGAAUGUAGGCUCACUUGGAACGGAGUUCAUGGCAAAGGAACCUUUGUACCUACGGAAGUUGGAAUGCACAAAUUAAUGGUGUAUAAUGACGGAGAGUUAGUAGAUGGAUGCCCUUAUUAUUUUAGAGUUUUACCUCCUUUGACUAAAAUAAAAUCACCUGGCAUGGAUCCGUGCGCUAUAGGAUCCAUCGUCGAAGUUCUAGUCAAUAGUUACGGAACUAGUCAUGAUGGCAUUGAUGUAACUGCAUGGUCACCAACUGGAAGAUCUUUGUCGUGUCCAGUUAAAGAAAACGAUGGCGUACAUACCGCCACUUUUCAACCCGAUGAAACAGGAGAGUGGAGUAUCGCGAUAACUCAUAAAGGAAAUCAUAUACAGGGCGGACCUUUUACCUGUUUCGUAUUUGAUCCCAAUGGGAUAAAGCUAUUGGACACGGAUGGUGCUAUGCCCGGUCAACCAUUUUCAUUCAUUGUCGAUGCAACAGGAACCGGAGGUCUUGGUGACGUAAUAAUAGAUUUAGUUCACGAUAAACAGUCCGUCGCCUUUAGAAUAGAAGAUUUUGGACACAUGCAGUAUCGGGUGAUAUUUGUCCCAUCUGAUUCCGGAAAGUACAGAGUUUACGUAUACUUCAAUGGUUCCGAUGUUCGAGGCUCUCCGUUUUCUAUCCGAGUGGGGACUCAAAAAGGAUCGAGAAGGUCAAAGGAAUCUACGUCUAGCCUUGAUAGAACCAAAUUAUCUUCGUUAGAAAGACGAAUGAACGGUCUAAACGUUGCGGUGGAAACAGAUCGGUCCAGUCCUGUACAAAAAACCUAUUCUUCGCCAACGUAUAAAUUAUCGAGCCCUACUCAACACGCGCGCGAUUAUUCUCCUGUACGUCAGAUUGCUUCCGUGUAUAAAGCAUCGAACAAUUAUUCGAUAGACAACUCUAAUUCAACGUAUCAUACAUCGACUUCGUUUAAUCGAGCUAGAUCUCCGAAUCAUGGUCACAGUCCUGUUUCGCGAAAUCUACAUAGUCCAUCCAUGAUCAAAGAAACGAAAGAAACGUAUUCGAGUACGACGUACAAUCAGUCGAGAUCUCCGACCGUACAAAGUCCUAGUUUUGUAAAAGAAUCAAAGGACGUUUACGCGUCAAACACAGUAAAUAGAUCUCGUUCUCCCAAUCCAAGUCCGAAUACGUAUGGCUCAAGAUAUUCGCCAAUUAUUAAGGAAUCCCGGGAAAUUUAUAGCUCCGGAUCUUUGAAGAGAUCUCGAUCACCGACUCAAAGUCCAAUGGCAUAUCGCAGCGCGACGCAAAGUCCAGUUAAUAGGAGUUUCAGUCCAAGAAGCAACGACAGGGAUAGUUUCAAUAGGAAAAGUUCUAUGGAUAAUGGAACCGUUGACACGAGUAGUAACGUUAGAGUGUCAUCGAUGGUUGGUGGAACCUCGAGGCGAGAUUCAUGGGAUGCUAUCGAAAAAACAAAAUCUUUGUUAUCUUAUGGUAGCCUAGAAUCCCUCGCGAAUCUGGCCAAUAGUUCAGCCACAUUUGAAGAUACCUCGAAUACCUCGAGUUUUUUCAAUAAUAAUUGCAAGAAUACACAGAAUUAUAGUUCAAAGAAUAUGUCGCACACGCAUCACAGUUCUUCCAGUUACGUUUCAAAUCAAAAACUUUCAACUUCCGAUUACGGCACGUCUCAAAGAUUUAACAACGAAAACCACAAUGCUCGAACGCAGGUACAAACGCACGGAAUUCUUAAAAAUAAAACUAAUAAUUAUUACAAAGGCGUGGAUACGACAGAUGGAACGCAAGAACGAUAUCUCGACAACGGUGUUUCCAAUUAUUCGUCGACGCAAGGAAGAUCUUCUGAACUUGUAACUGGAAAUGCGUUAGAGAUGCUGCCGAUACACAGACCGACUACCUUCACUCUUGAUUCAAGCGUAGAUCCAAAUAAAAUUGCUGUCAGUGUUACUGGUCCCAAUGGCAAAACAAUUCCUGUGCAAAAAUCAACUCUUCGGGGUUUAACGUAUACGAUAAUUGCAGAAGAAGUUGGUGAACAUAUCAUUCAGAUUCUAAUAAAUGGCCAACAUAUCCAAGGUUCUCCCUUUAGAUCACAAGCAUAUAACGCGCGUGCAAUCCAAAUUGGGAACAUUCCGAAUGGCGUUGUCAAUCAACCAGUCGAAUUUGAAAUUGACGGAUCUAAAGCCGGAUCUGGAAAUUUAGAAAUUCUCGUAAAUGGUGGUCACGUAACUAGUUUUGUCAGGGCGUUAGGUAGCCAACGAUUUUUGGCAUCGUUUGUACCUCACGAAGCUGUUGUACACCUCGUAGAGAUGACAUUCAACGGUGAAGUUGUCCCCGGAUCACCGUGGCGAGUAGGCAUCAUGCCAGCACCAAAAAUGUCAGUGAUUGGGGAUUCCAUAAGGUUGGUCCCUGCCGGUAGUCCUGCACUCUUUGAACUUUCUGCUCUUGGUUUUAAUAGUAAUGAAAUUGAUGUUCAAAUUAUAACACCUUCUAAGAGACAUAUACCAGCAAAAAUUAAUGAAGAGCCAGGACGCCUUGGAGAGUUUCGAGUUGAAUUCACUCCAGUAGAUGUAGGCAGUCAUCUUGUGGAAGUAACCAUCGCUGGACAGAAGCUACCGGCAGGACCCCUCGUUGCUAAGGUGUACAACAGCAGUUUAAUUCAAGUUACUGAUAUACCUAGUGCUGUUGUAGGACAUGCCUGCCAAUUUAGAGUUGAUGCUAGUGCUGCUGGUGAAGGGCAACUUGAAAUUUCUAUUAACGAAGGAGAGGUACCUAAUCAUGUUCAGGUAGUAGGAGGAGGUUGUUGUCUCGUAUCUUUUACGCCUGAAAUUGCUAAACCACACUACAUUGAUAUAAAAUUCAAUGGAGAAGCAGUGAAAGGAUGCCCCUUUGUUUGUAAUGUAUCUGACACGAGUAGAGUAACAUUAAGCUUAAAUCAUCUGGAAUUAAUCCCAGUGGACCAACCUGCUAGUUUUCAUAUGGGGGUUGAUGGCAGUGGGAGUGCAGAACUUGCAGUUUCUGUAAGAGGGCCAAAUAGUGAAUUACCUGUUAAAGUAACUGGAGACAUAAAAAGUGGUUUUACAGCAGAAUUCACUCCAAAAGACGUUGGCGUUCAUUCGAUUAGUGUUGAAUAUAAUGGUCAUCCUGUAAAUGGCACACCGUUUUUAGCUAAAGCAUUUAAUGCGGAUAAAGUACUGAUAGGCCCUGUUGCUAGAGGUAGUGUCGGUCAGCCAACGCAUUUCACCGUUGAUGCGAGUCAGGCUGGUGAAGGAAAUCUAGAAAUUACAAUAUCAGCUCGUAGUCAGAAUAUACCUACACAAGUCACGCCACAAGGAAAUGCUCGAUUCUCAGUUAGCUUCGUACCAUUUGAAGCAUGUGAGCAUAUCAUAAACAUAGCUUUCAAUAAACGAACUGUACCAGGCUGCCCGAUUGUAACUCGGGUAGGUGGUGAUAGUCAUGUAACAGUGAGUGGGCAGGCAUUAAGCAGUGCUGGGUUAGGACGACAAAGUUAUCUUACCGUCAGUAACGUUGCCGGUAGCUUGGAAGAUUUAGAAGUUAAUGUUGAAGGACCCAACGGACAGGCCGUACCCGCUCAAGUCACUGACAACAAAGACACAACAUGCAGCGUAGCAUUUACCCCAAGAGUAGUUGGAGAACAUAGAAUUUCGGUAAGCCAUCGGAAUGUUCCUGUGAUUGGUAGUCCAUUUAGCUGCAAAGUGUAUGACGUGACUGCUAUCAAAGUAAAGGAUGCUAAAUAUGGUGUUAUAGGAAUGCCUGUAACUUUCUUAGUCGAAACUAGUCAGGCUGGACCAGGUAACUUGGAAGUAACGGUAAAUGGUGGUCGUGUACCUACAUCUGCUCAAGCACAAGGACCACACACGUAUGCAAUAUCUUUUACACCCAGGGAGCCAAUUAUACAUACUGUGGACUUGAGAUUUAAUGGAGAAGAUGUACCUGGUAGCCCUUUUAGCUGUCAGGUGAGCGAUACGGCAAAAGUAAUAAUCACCGAAGGGCUUGAGAAAGUAUCUGUAAAUCGUUUGACAACAUUUUCGAUAGAAGCAGAUACUUCUUUAGGGAUACCUGCAGUAGAAGUUCUUUCACCUACGAGAGAAAGUUUACCGGUUCAUGUUAAACAAAGUGGACAUGGCUCUUAUACCGCGGGAUUUACACCAAAAGAUGUCGGCGAUCAUAGCGUUGAAGUGAAAUUAAAUGGAUCGCAUGUCGAAGGUAGUCCUUUCUUGGUAAAAGCUUAUAACGCAGAUAAAGUAAAGGUAACAGACAUAAACAGUGGUGUUGUCGGGAAACCAGUUUUCUUUAGCAUUAAUGCUAGCCAAGCAGGUGCCGGUAAUCUUGAAAUCAUUGUUGCUGUAAAUGGUAAAAAUGUACCGAAUUAUGUACAAAGUGAAGGAAACGCAAAGUUUAGAGUUAAUUUCAAACCUCAAGAAGCUGCUGUACACAGUCUAAGUGUUCGUUUUAAUGGAGAACCUGUUCCGGGCUCGCCAUUCAGUUGUAAAGUGGUCGGUGCCGGCCAAGCUAUAAUUUCAGGUCACAGUUUAAAAAUGGGAGCUGUAAAACAAUUGAUAUCUUUCACAGUAGAUCCACAAGCUCCUUUAACUAACUGUGACGUAAUUGUCACACCUCCAUCAAACAUAUCGCUUCCUAUUACAAUAGAACCUGUGGAUGGAAAAUAUAAUAUUAGUUUUGUACCGAUGGAAGUAGGCAGACAUAAUAUCAGUGUACUAGUGGAUGGCGAACAUGUGAAGGGAUCUCCAUUUGCUUGUAACAUUUAUGACGUUACAAAGGUACACGUAUCGGGUCUUACGGAAGCAUUAUUGGGCCAAGCAACAACAUUUACAGUCGAUGCUGCAGAAGCUGGUGAAGGCACAUUGGAAUUAGUAGUUAGUACAGAAAAUAAUACAGUUAAAGCCGAAGUAGUUGCUUGUGCACGUGGCUUAUAUGAUGUAACAUUUGUUCCUCAAACUACUAGCACUCACUACGUUAAUAUCAGUUUUAACGAUGAUAACGUACCAGGAAGUCCAUUUAAAUGUCCAGUAGUUAGUACUAUGUUAGAUGGACCAUCUAUGAUUCGAGUUGGUAAUACAGCAUACAUGGAUUUAGAAAUGCCGGGUCUAGAGGGACCUGUAUCUGCUGAAGUAACUGGUCCUGACGGUAUAAUUAUUCCAUGCACGUUGACAAAAUUAUCGUUAAAUUUAUAUCGGGUAGAAAUUCGAACACGGCAGGUUGGAACAUACAGUGUAAUAUUUAAUGACGGACACAAGAUGAUUAGUUCUCAAACUCUUCAAGCUUUCGAUCCAGGAAAAAUAGUGAUAAAAGAAGUGUCGGAUGUAGUUUGCCACCGACCUGGUACUAUUAUAGUGGUUGCACCAAAAGAAGCUGGUCCUGGAAAAUUGUCCGUAAAUGUACGCGCUGCCGGAUCUGAUGUCGAUAGCGUUGUCAGAGAAGGAGAAAAUGGUCUUUAUGAAAUAAUUUUUCAUCCUACACGAGCAGCUCCUCAUAGGGUUCAUAUAAAAUAUAACGAAGUUCACAUAUCAGGUAGCCCCUUAGAUGUAACAGUUCGUAGUCCAACUGGAGGAAGAGAGGUAACGGCAACAGGAUUAGGACUGUACCAAUCAUGUGUCGGGAAAGUAACUUCUUUUACUAUUGAAACAUUGGGACGCCCUGGAAAAGAAUUUGAUGUUGUAAUUAGUGGUCCUCAAGGCAAUGCAGUACCAGUUCGAUGCUAUCAACACCGAGAUGGAAAUUUGCUUGCUGAAUUUACUACAAAUACUGUUGGAACAUACAAAAUUGAUGUUUUGCAAGGUGCAAAACCAGUCUUAGGUUCACCCUUCUUCUGUCAAGCUUUCGACGUUUCUAAAGUAAAACUACAAGAACUUGGUCCUAUGACAGUAUCUGUACAUGAUCAUAUUGCAUUUAAAAUAAUAAAGUCGGAUGCUGGAAUAGCGGACUUGGAUGUAGUAGCAACAAGUCCAUUAGGCCAAGAACUUCCAUUACAAGUUACUCCUCUUAAUGACGGUGCUGAAAUGAUUGAAUUUUCUCCUAGUGUACCUGGCACUUACAUGAUUAAUAUUACAUACGGAGGCUGUCAUAUACCUGAUAGCCCGGUAAUGUGUACGGUUGAUGCAGCUGGACAAGCUCGUGCAAAAGGAGAAGGAUUACUAAGCGGUCACGUAGAUAAAGCUGCACAUUUCAUUGUUACUGGUACAAGGAGUCCUCCAGCAGUUCAGGUUGAUGGCCCGGAUAGUGUUUCGAAAGCGAUCAUUGAAGCUGGAGCUAAUCCUGGUACUUGGAACGUAUCUUAUAUACCAACUGAAGUUGGAGUAUUUGAUAUUAGAGUAGUUUCCGCCGGUCAACAACUUCCUGGAUCUCCGUGGCAUCCAAAAAUUAUAGACACACGAAAUCUUCGCGUAAUCGGUGGUUGGUCGGCCGUAUGCGACGAUCUAGGGCGAUUAAAAUUACAUCCUUCGAAUAAAAUUAGUUUCGAUACCGCCGAAGCAGGACCUGGUGAACUUUCUGGGAAAAUAGGAGAUCAUGCGUUAUCUUUUGAAAUGACGUCAAAUAAUAGACUGAAGCUUAUUCCGCCGCAAUUAAAUGGUGGAGAGUAUCGUUUAGAAAUAUUGUUCAACGGCGUACCAUUUCCAGGAGUCCCAAAGUUAGCGAUUGUUCAAGAUCUCGAGCCACCUAUCCAAGAUACAAGUCGAGUUCUGCUGAGGGGGAGAGGAUUAACGUCAGCUAAAUGUGGAGAAGAAGUUAGCUUCACUAUAGACGGCUCUCAAGCCGGUAGUGGAACACCUAAAGUGCAACUUUUUUCACCAACCAAUGAACUUAAUGUAAUGUUGCAACAUUUAGGAGACAGCGUUUAUCGAGCCAGUUACAUACCAUUAACUCCUGAUCCUCUUUUAAUGACUGUGUCUUGGAAUGGAAGACAGUUAAAAGGAUGUCCUUUACAGAUAAACGUAACGAGUGCGGCUGAUGCAUCGCGAGUUAUUUGCUCCGGGGAUGGAUUAAAACAUGGCAUCGUGGGACAAGAAAUAAGGAGUUUUAUCGAUACCAGACGUGCGGGACCUGGUGAAUUAACGGCACAUUGUGUGGGGCCGCAUAAAGUAGCAUAUUGCGAAUUAUAUGAUCACGGCGAUGCAACAUUUACUUUAAACGUGAAACCUCAAGAAGCUGGACGUCAUGCGUUGACUAUAAAAUAUGCCGGAGAACAUGUUCCGGGUUCUCCUUUUACGUUACGUGUUUCCGGAGCACCUGAUGCUUCAAAGGUUCGAGUUUAUGGGCCAGGAAUCGAACAUGGAGUAUUAGCAACGUUUCAAUCACGAUUUAUUUGCGAUACACGUGGAGCUGGUGCCGGUCAGCUUACAGUAAGAGUACGAGGCCCUAAAGGAGCGUUCAGAGUAGAAAUGCAAAGGGAAACUCAAAAAGAUCGUAUAAUACUUUGUCGAUAUGACCCAACAGAACCAGGCGAUUAUAGGGUCGAAGUUCGUUGGGCAGGUGUUCUCGUACCGGGAUCUCCGUUUCCCGUUAAAAUCGUGGACACGCAAGAUGAAUUAUUAAUGUUAACGCAGGGUGGAGAUAACUAUUCAACAGGACACCAUACCAUCGCGUCAUGGCGUGGAUCGCAAGCUAUAUUAUAAGAUUAUUACGCAUAAAGUUGUUAUUAUUUUGUAUGAACUAAUAAUAUAUUUUCAUAAUAUAUAAUUCUAUUGUAACUUAUCUAAAUGUUUACAAUAAAAUGUAUUUUGACAAUUUUUG